AUGGACCCUCAAAAUGAUGAAAAUGAAAUUGUUGCUAAUGACCAAUUGAAUGAUGGUGUGGAUAAUUGUCGGUCCAAGGCCAAGCUCAUAGAUGGAGAUAAAGUUGUCGAGGAGCCUAAGAACGGUAUGCUAUUUGGCUCCAUAGAGGAAGUCGUUGACUAUUAUAGGAAUUAUGGAAAGCAAGCGGGUUUUGGUGUGACACAAAAGAAGAAGAAAAAGUAUGAAAAUGGAGAUGUACAUUACAUCACUCUGACAUGUGCUCGCGGAGGCAAAGCAUCAUCCAGUUCAAGUAAUAACCUUUGCAAGACUAGCAAAACAAGCAAAACGGGGUGUAAGGCUACUUUGAAUGCAACGUUAGUGGAUACAUCGUGGUAUGUGACAAAUGUAAAUCUAGGGCAUAAUCACGACUUAAGCCCAGGUAAAGCGAGAUACUUUCAGUGCAACAAGAAGUUGGAUCCUGCUACGAAGAGAAAGCUUGAUAUAGAUGAUAGAGCUGGAAUCCGUACGAAUAAAAUUUAUAACGCACUAGCCGUUAAAGCGGGGGGAUAUGAGAAUCUUACAUUUGGAGAGAGAGAGUGUCGCAAUUAUAUUGCGAACUCAAGACGCCUUCGCCUUGGUACAGGAGGUGCCACAGCACUUCAUGACUAUUUCAAUAGAAUGCGGAAAGUAAAUGAUGAUUUUUAUUUUGAUAUAGAUGUGGAUGAUGAGUGUAGGCUGAGAAAUGUAUUUUGGGCUGGUGCACGAAGUAGAGCAUCAUAUUAA